UCCCCAACUUCCUCUCAAUCAAUACGAAUUGUUUAUGGCUGCUUAGUCUAGGACUUGCGAUACAUUGUAUUUCCCUACCAUGACGCGCUUUUACUCUUGCCUGCUCGGCUGCACCCUGAUUGCAUCAGUUUUCGCUAUUGAGACCGCAGAAGAUGUUCCACGAUACAUCAUGUACCUGACAGGUCAACACCAGGUUGUCCCGCCUCCCCCAUUUGUCAAUGCCGUUACGCAUGUUGCCAUGGCUUUUAUGCGUUCUGAGAUAUUCAAUGAGCCAGACCGAGAUGAGUGGCCGCUUUUUACGAGUGUGAAAGAGACAAGAGAAAAGUUUGCGAAAGACACCAAAAUCAUGGUCGCGAUCGGAGGUUGGGGUAACGAGGACGGAUUUAGAGAGGCAGCGCGAAGUGAAAGCCGACGCCAACAAUGGGCCAAGGGAGUGAGGAAAAUGGUCGAGAAAACUGGUGCAGAUGGCGUCGAUAUCGACUGGGAGUACCCCGGAGGAAAUGGAGAUGACUACAAACGCAGUCCCAAUUCCGCCCACACCUGGGAACUCACCAGUUAUCCUCUCCUCUUAUCCGCCCUACGCACCGCUCUUGGUCCUUCAAAACUCAUCUCGGCCGCGGUUCCCGGCCUCCCUCGCGACAUGCUAGCGUUCACGUCUGCCCAUAUUCCAUCCAUCAUGGCCUCCGUCGACUUUCUAAACAUCAUGACCUACGACCUGAUGAACCGCCGCGAUAACGUUACAAAGCAUCACACAGGUAUCAAAAACUCACUCGAAGCUAUUGACGCUUACAUUGCAGCUGGUGUGGAUCCGUCCAAGGCAAAUCUCGGACUAGCAUUCUACGUGAAGUGGUUCAAAACCGAUCCUGCUUGGAGACAGGCGUGCACAGCGCAUCCUGUUGGGUGUCCGGCCGUACUCAUGGAGGACCCUGAGACUGGUGUGGAUCUGGGAAAGGCCGGCGCGUUCUCCUGGCAUGACGAGUUUCCUAAGGAGCUUGAGUGGUCUUUCUACAGAGCGAUUAACGAGGGGACGUAUGAUAAGGACGGCUACUUCUACUUCGAUGCCGAGGAGGAUCUGUUCUGGAGUUUCGACACGCCAGAUGCUAUCAGGAGGAAGGUGUCGCAGAUCAGGAAGAAGAGGGGGAUUGGCGGUGUUUUUGCAUGGGGACUGGGUGAAGAUGCGCCGGACUUCGCGCAUCUAAAGGCAGCGAAUAAAGCGGUGCAGCUCUGGAGGGGCGGGAGAGUGGAUAGGACUGAGCUGUAGUUCUCAGAAGUUGUCAAUCAGGUAGAAUGAAUAUCUACAACAGUCCUACC